UCUCAGCUCUGUGGAGGGACCCUGUGGUAUGCACAUUCCUGUCUUUCUGCACCGUGGAUGGUGCCUGGGACCCAGCCAGCAACCAGUUGAAGACAUUCUCCUUGGAAACACUUGUCCCCAAGGGCUCUUGCCUGGGGUGUAGGCCCUGCCAUGGCGUUCCGGAGGACCGAGGGCAUGUCCAUGAUCCAGGCCCUGGCCAUGACGGUAGCCGAGAUCCCUGUGUUCCUGUACACAACGUUUGGGCAGUCUGCAUUCUCACAGCUGCGGUUGACACCAGGCCUGCGGAAGGUCCUCCUUGCCACAGCCCUGGGGACCGUGGCCUUGGCCCUGGCCGCCCACCAGCUGAAGAGGCGAAGGCGGAAGAAGAAGCAGGUGGGCCCGGAGAUGGGAGGUGAGCAUCUGGUCACGGUGCCCCUCCCCGUCCUCAUGGCCAGGAAGGUCCCAUCGGUGAAGAAAGGCUACUCCAGCCGGAGGGUGCAGAGCCCCAGUAGCAAGAGCAAUGACACCCUGAGUGGCAUCUCCUCCAUUGAGCCCAGCAAGCGCUCAGGCUCCUCCCACAGCUUGGCCUCGAUGGUGGCAGUGAACUUGUCCAGCCCCACGGCUGCGGGACCAUGGGAUGGCAGAGAGAUGGAGGAGUCUAUGACCACCAGCGACGGCAAUGCCGAGAGCCUCUACAUGCAAGGCAUGGAGCUGUUCGAGGAGGCUCUGCAAAAGUGGGAGCAGGCGCUGAGCGUGGGGCAGAGGGGGGACAGCGGCAGCACCCCCACGCCGGGGGACAGCCUCAGGAACCCUGAGAUUGCUUCAGAAGCACUUGCUGAGCCUGAGUCACAGCGAAAGGAGUUUGCAGAGAAGCUGGAGUCCCUGCUGCACCGGGCUUACCACCUGCAGGAGGAGUUCGGGUCCACCUUCCCGUCCGACAGCCUGCUGCUGGACCUGGAGCGGACCCUCAUGCUGCCCCUGACCGAGGGCUCGCUGCGUCUGCGGGCGGACGACGAGGACAGCCUCACCUCGGAAGACUCCUUCUUCUCUGCCACUGAGCUCUUCGAGUCCCUGCAGGUGGGAGAUUACCCGAUCCCACUCUCCAGGCCCGCUGCCGCCUAUGAGGAGGCCCUGCAGCUGGUGAAGGAGGGGAAGGUGCUCUGCCGGACCCUCAGGACAGAGCUGCUGGGCUGCUACAGUGACCAUGACUUUCUGGCCAAGCUGCAUUGUGUGCGGCAGGCGUUCGAGGGCCUCCUGGAAGACCAGAGUAACCAGCUCUUCUUCGGGGAAGUCGGCCGGCAGAUGGUGACAGGUCUGAUGACCAAGGCUGAGAAGAGCCCCAAGGGCUUCCAGGAGAGCUACGAGGAGAUGCUGAGCUAUGCUCUGAGGCCAGAGACCUGGGCUACCACACGGCUGGAGCUGGAGGGCCGAGGGGUGGUGUGCAUGAGCUUCUAUGACAUCGUGCUGGACUUUAUCCUCAUGGACGCCUUCGAGGACCUGGAGAGCCCCCCGUCCUCGGUGCUUGCCGUGCUCAGGAACCGCUGGCUGUCAGACAGCUUCAAGGAGACGGCCCUGGCCACUGCUUGCUGGUCGGUCCUCAAAGCCAAGAGGAGGCUGCUGAUGGUGCCUGAUGGCUUCAUCUCCCAUUUCUACUCCGUAUCGGAGCACGUUAGCCCCGUCUUGGCCUUUGGCUUCCUUGGACCCAAGCCCCAGCUUGCUGAAGUCUGCACUUUCUUCAAGCACCAGAUCAUGCAGUACCUGAGGGACAUGUUUGACCUGGACAACGUGCGCUAUACCUCGGUGCCGGCGCUGGCAGAGGACAUCCUGCGUCUAUCCCGGCGCCGCAGCGAGAUCCUGCUCGGCUACCUGGGGGCGCCGGCAGCCAGCAGUGUGGGCCUGAACGGCGUGCUGCCCCAAGAGAAUGGUCCCCCAGAGGAGCUGCAGUAGAGGGUGCGAAGGCUGGGGAGGGGUGGUCUGCUGGGGCCGCAUCCACGUGGGAAACGGCAGAGACAAGGUGCCUCCUCCCUCCUCUGGGUUGGCAUCCAAGGUCCUGGGCGUCUGUGGCCAUCAGCAGCAGCAGAGCCCAGGCCGUGGUGGCUGAGGGUAGUUGCCCUUAACCUUGCCCCACCCCCAUCAUCUGGGAAUCCCCAAGGCCUGGAGCGCAAACUUCCUUGGAGAGGGAUGGAGCCCCUAGGGGUCCGCCUGACUGUCCUCGGCUGUCCCUGGGGAAGCAGAGGCUGGACCAGUGGCCAGUGGGACAAAGUAGUGAGAGAGAGGAGGGUGUGAGGGAAUUGGGUUAGGCAGAGCUGGGGUGCCCUGAGUGUGGGACUUGGCUGCUGACAAGUGGGACUAGGAGGGCAGAGGUGGAAGGUGGCAAUGUCAGGACUCUGUGGUGAAGGUCACCAAUGUCCUGAGUUAGAAAGAACAUGGGCUGAAAGGCCUCAGCAUCCAGGCACAUGGCUGGCCAGUCCUGAUGCCUCCACCACCACCCUAGAGAGUUUGCAACUCGAGAGAGUGAGGGCAAGGGCCUCAGAGUGGGGCUGUGACUCUGGUGGACAGAGGAGGGACCUUUUCUUGUGCUCACAUCUGGGCAGGGACUGGGCACUUGACAGACGCACGCACCAAACCAGGACAUUGUCCUCUGACAUUCCUUGUCCCUCCAGAGCCUGUCAUUUCUCCUCCCACUUCUGCCACCACCAAAGACAGGAGGUGGGGCUGUCCUCCAGCCCCACCCACCUCCCUUCUGAGCCUGGAACGCCCUGGGUGGUGCCAGGUGCUGAGCUGGAGGCUCUGACCGGGAGUCAUCUCAGGCCCAUCACUUGUGCUGCCACUGGCAGUGGCCCCAGGAGUGAGGGGCCCAGGGACCAUGUCGGGGAAGGGAGGAAGGUGCACAGCUGGACCAGCUCCCCAGCCUCACUGGGACAGAAAACUGCCCAGCAUUGGCCUUCAGCUGGACGCACAGAUGCUCAGAGUCAGGCAGCUGCUCUGCAGAUGGGGGCUGUCAGCGCUUGUCCCAUCAUUGUCCCCCAUCCAUCUCGGUUUCUGUUAGCCCUGCAGACUCAGUUCUGUGUUCUCACUUCGGUGGGAUGUUUUAUUUAUUGCCUUAACACUUUAUCUUGAGGCUGUGCCCUGUCCAGGUUGAGAGGCCUGCAAGAGAAAUCCGCUUCUGGUUCUCCAUCCUCUGGAUUUGGGGACUAGCUCCUCAGGCGGGGUCCCUCUCCCCUGAAUGGCAAAGGGGUCCCAGGGGUUGAGUGAUCUUGCCCAUGGGGGUUGGGAGGGAGAUGUUGGGCGUGGCCUAUGGUCUGUGAACCCACUUUCCUCCUGGAACCCCCUUCCCAUGCUUCCCCAGACUGGAGGAGGGCUGUGCACUAACCCAGGUUCUGGCUCCAGACCCACCUCUCAGGCCGAGGUCAGUGCAGUGCCCAAGCCUCCUGGGAGGUAAGGACCGUGGCCCCCCUCCCUCCCAACAUUCCGUUCAUUUGCACUUGCCCAGCGCUGUGAAUGUAACCUUGGACCCGGGCCCUGCCCACACGGAUUUGCUCUCACAUCGCACAGAAGUGGCAUUUUCAGUCUGUCUGUGUUUACACUUCCAUGCACUGCCUCUGGCACCUGACCUGUUGCAGCUUCUGACUUUUGUAAGGUAGAGUGUCUGUGCAUUGACUUGGGUCAAAUAAAUGAUGUAAAGGAUUUCCUUCCGA